AUGCCGGACGAGAAGCGGUUGAAGGCGAAAGAGACGAAACGGAAGAACGUCCUCGAGGCGCUGAAGCGAUUGGACGCAUUCGUCAAGAACUACGAUCCCGAUCAACACCAACACGAAGUUCCCCAUCGCUUGGAGCGCUUAGAGAAGGUUUGGUGCGCAUUCGAAAUCGUCCAAGAAGAGUACGAGGAGAUGGAUGACUCCGAAGAAUUCGUCCAGAAGAAUUUGGAGCUACGCGGAACUGUGGAGGAGCUCUACUUUCGUGUAAAGGCUGGAUUAUCGUCGAAGGUACCACCCCCGCCAAACCCCGCUGCCGCUGUUGCCCCCGCUGCCCCUGCUGCUCAACCUACUUUGGCCAAUGUGAAGCUGCCGACGAUUUCGCUGCCAGAAUUCGACGGAGAUUUCAACAAUUGGCUAACCUUUCACGACACUUUCAUGUCGAUGAUCCACUCGUCGACGGAGAUCUCCCAGGUCCAGAAAUUCCACUAUCUCCGAGCAGCCUUGAAGGGAGAAGCGGCCAGACUGAUCCAAUCCAUCACAAUCACAGCGAAUAACUACGCCGUCGCUUGGGAUACGUUGGUGAACCGCUACUCAAACAAGGCCAUUCUCCGCAAGAAGCAUAUUCGAGCCUUGUUGAAGCACCCCAAGAUCCCGAACAACAACGUCGAAGCCCUGCAUAAAAUCGUUGAUGAAUUUCAGCGGCAUACGAAGGUCCUCGAACAACUAGGCGAACCCGUUGACCAGUUCAGCUCAAUCCUCAUCGAAUUGCUGGAGGACAAGCUGGAUGAUGCGUCACUCACCGCUUGGGAGGAGUCUAUCGCGACGGAUGCCCACCCAACGUAUGACAAGAUGGUCGAGUUUUUGCAAAAGCGCGCCCGCAUACUUGAGACCAUUCUGAUCAAUCGCCCACAAAACUUCCCUUCCAAGCCACCUAGCCACCCGUCAGCUCAGAAAAAGCCCAGCCAGCCCAGACUAAGCUCGAACGCCGCCACCGAAGUUUCGUCGAAGUCCUUCCCUAUGUGCCCCGCAUGCGAGAAGCAGAAGCAUUCGAUUUUCGAUUGCUCCAUCUUCAACGGUCUAGAUCCACAAGGCAGAAUGAAAGUGGUAACGGAGAAGAGGCUUUGCAGUAACUGUUUCCGCAGUGACCAUUUUGCUCGCAACUGCCGUUCGAAGUUCAGCUGCAAGCACUGUUCAAGACGCCAUCACUCGAUGAUUCAUCCCGGACCUGCUGAGAUGGAGAAGUCCGCUCCCGAAUCAGUAGCUGGAAAUCCUUUGCCAGGUCCAUCCAGUGUAGUAACAGCUGUUGCCGCAGUCCCAACACCAGAGGUCGUCUCCACUGUGAAGGCGUCCAACGCCAGCGUUUUAUUGACCACGGUGGUGCUCAUUGUCGUCGAUGUGUAUGGCCAGGAGCAUCUAGCCCGUGCCCUCUUGGAUACAGGAUCCCAGCCAAACGCAAUCAGCGAGCGGCUGUGCCAGCUGCUCCAUCUUCCUCGCAAAAUCGUCAACGUUCCGAUAGCGGGGGUAGACAGUACGGUUACCAACGCUAAGCACGAAGUCCGAGCUGAAAUCCGUUCCAGAGUGUCGAAGUUCUCCGAGCCUUUGGAAUUCCUGGUUCUACGAAGAGUCACCAGUGAAACGCCUUCGAUCUCGUUCUCCACCUCGCGGUGGAACAUUCCCGAAAACCUUCUCCUCGCCGACCCCGAUUUCAACACGUGCAGAAAAGUCGACAUGAUCAUCGGGGCUGCCCACUUCUAUUCUUUCCUCCGAGAUGGUCGAUUCCGCCUGGCUGACCAAGGUCCUCUACUGGUUGAGACAGUAUUUGGCUGGAUAGUUGCCGGCAAGUUCGAGAAUUCAGAAGAGUUGGGUAAGCAUCCCAUGGUAACUUGUCAUGUGGCGACAGUUGCCUCCCUCGGUGAACAGCUUGAACGAUUUUGGCGCAUCGAGGAGCUAAAUGGGUCCAUCUAUUCCGUUGAUGAGCAGCAGUGCGAGGACUAUUACCGUGAGACAGUCUCCCGUGACUCGACCGGUCGUUACGUUGUCCGAAUGCCAAAACACCCCGAACACGAUCAAAUGAUUGGAUCGUCCAAGCUGACCGCUACUCGAAGGCUGAAGUGGUUGGAGCAAAGAUUGGCGAAGGAUGAAAGUAUGACGACCCAGUAUCACGAUUUUCUUCGGGAAUACAUUGCUCUCGGCCACAUGACUCCAGUUCCCGAUGAUGAAGAUUGUAGUUCCAACGUUUUUUAUCUCCCGCACCACCCCGUACUGAAGGAAUCGAGCAGCACCACGAAGGUGAGAGUGGUAUUCGACGGCUCCGCCAAGACAAGUUCCGGAUACUCCCUCAACGAUUCCCUUCUCGUCGGCCCAGUUGUACAGGAUGAACUCCUGAGUCUCAUCCUCCGAUUUCGAAAGUUUCCGAUAGCGCUGGUUGCAGAUAUCGAGAAAAUGUAUCGCCAAGUCUCGAUGAAUUCAGCGGAUCGCCCUCUCCAGAGAAUUUUGUGGCGUUUCGACAGUUCAGAACCGAUCCAGACGUACGAGUUAACAACUGUCACCUACGGUCUUGCGCCGUCCUCCUUCCUCGCCACCAGAACACUUUUGCAGCUCGUUGAGGAUGAAGGCUCCCCGUUCCCGAAGGCAAGCACCGCUAUCAAGAAAAACGUGUACGUGGACGAUCUAAUCUCCGGUCACAACAGCAUCGAAGAAGCUAUCGAACUCCGUGAAGAACUGGAUAGUCUGCUGCAAAAAGGUGGUUUCCGUUUCCGAAAGUGGUGCUCCAAUUCCCUCCCAGUUCUGGCUGGCCUACCUCCCGAAUUACUCGGGAUGCAAUCGUCUUUAAAGUUCGACCCUGAAGAAAGCAUUAAAACGCUCGGAAUACGGUGGGAACCUGAGGCAGAUAUUUUCCGCUUCGACGUCUCCGUCGCAUUAAAGAAUGAAUCGUCGACCAAGCGCACCAUCCUCUCUACGAUAGCUCAGCUUUACGACCCGCUUGGCCUGAUUUCUCCCGUCGUAGUACAGGCCAAAAUCCUCAUGCAGAGCCUCUGGCUUUUGACGUUGGGCUGGGACGACGAAGUUUCUCCAGACAUCCAGCGCAAAUGGGCCCGAUUUUGUGAACAGCUUCCCCUCCUAUCCAACUUUCGCAUCGAAAGAUUCGCCUUUGCCGCCGGUUUUAAGUCUGCGGAGCUUCAUUGUUUUGCGGAUUCAUCUGAAGUCGCGUAUGGGGCUUGUAUCUACGUUCGCUCCGUGGCCAGCGAUGGGCAAGUGCAAGUGAGUCUUCUGGCCUCAAAGUCCAAAGUGGCUCCACUAAAACCACUGAGCAUCCCGCGUCUGGAGCUGUGCGCCGCUCUUCUCGGCUCUCGCCUAUAUGAGAAAGUUGUUGGAUCGCUUGAUAUGAAGUUUGCUGGAAGUUUUUUUUGGUCUGACUCAACAAUCGUUCUACAGUGGAUGAAAGCCCCCCCACGGACGUGGAAGACGUUCGUAGCGAAUCGGAUCGCAGAAAUUCAAGCUAUUACCGCUGGCUCGAAAUGGCAACAUGUUGCUGGGAAAGAGAACCCAGCCGAUAUGAUCUCCCGUGGUGUUGCCGUCGAAGAGCUGAUCAACAGUGAGCUGUGGAAAUCCGGUCCCCAGUGGUUGGGUCAAGAGGAAUCAACGUGGCCCUCACAAAGCGCCACAGAGAGCAAAUUCAACGUUGAGGAACUGGAGCUGAAAAAGAAAGCUAUUCUGACCGCUCAGAUUCUUCAAUCCAACCCGUUGUUCGAAAGGUUCUCAUCGUACCAAACGCUUCUCAACGUAAUCGGAUUCUGCUUUCGUUUUUGCCACCAUGCCCGUUACAAGCAGAAACGGAACUCCAGCUGUGUGCUUUCCGUUGCCGAGCUUCAUCGUGCCAGGACAGCCCUGGUUCAUCUCGUUCAAUCUGAGGCGUUUCCCGAUGAUCUACAGCGCCUGAAGAAAGGAUUCAUGGUGUCCAGUAAGUCGCCACUUCGCUUGCUGAACCCAUUCCUAGACGCUGAUGGACUUAUCCGUGUUGGUGGCCGGUUACAGCUAGCUGACGCACCCUACGACGUUAAGCACCAGAUCGUGCUCCCUGGAUUUCAUCCAUUUUCCCGUCUCAUGCUCAAGUACUACCAUCGUAAGCUAGUCCAUGGUGGAAUUCAGAUGACCCUCUCGGUCGUCCGUGAUGAGUUCUGGCCACUAAAUGGCCGGAAAGCCGUUCGGAGUGCUAUUCGGAGUUGUUACGAGUGCAGUAGAGCGAACCCGCAGCCAAUUCAACAACCGAUCGGCCAAUUGCCGAUUGCCCGAGUCACCGCAAAUGAAGCCUUUGUCUGCACAGGGGUUGAUUAUUGUGGUCCCGUUUUUUUGAAACCCGUUCAUCGCAGAGCUGCUGCCCGCAAAUCCUACAUCUGCGUUUUUGUAUGCCUGAGCACAAAGGCAGUUCAUCUCGAGCUCGUCAGUGACUUGAGCACGUCUGCGUUCUUGAUGGCUCUCGACCGCUUUGUAUGGAGAAGGAACAAACCUCAGCAUCUGUACUCCGACAACGGUACAAAUUUCGUUGGGGCCAAAAACUCUCUUCACAAGGUGUACCAGAUGCUGCAGCCUGGACCCGAAAGCGACCAAAUACGCAAGCGCCUCGCCGAAGAUAGCAUCCAGUGGCAUUUGAUCCCUCCACGCGCCCCCAAUUUUGGUGGAUUGUGGGAGGCCGCCGUAAAGGUGGCCAAGAUUCAUCUGGUUCGUCAACUUGGUUCUUCCUUGCUGUCCUUCGAAGAAUUAACGACAGUGUUGGUCAAAAUAGAAGGAUGUAUGAAUUCCCGCCCGCUACUGCCGCUUUCUAGUGAUCCAAACGACCUUGGAGCUUUAACCCCUGCACAUUUCCUCGUGCGGAACAUGUUUCGUCCACUCCCCGAAACCGACGUACGAACCAUACCGCUGAACCGACUCAACCAAUACGAGAAGCUCCAAAAGUACUCGCAGAACUUCUGGCACAGAUGGCGAAAUGAAUAUUUGAAGCAGCUGAAUCAACAGUACUGCGCUAACCCAAAGCGCUACCAGAUCAACGACGGCGACAUCGUCAUCUUGAAGGAUGAAUCUCUCGCACCAGCACGCUGGCCGUUGGCCCGCGUCCUCGAGACACACCCUGGUCCGGAUGGUGUGACCCGUGUAGCCACCCUUCGCACAUCCUCCGGAAUCCUGAAGAGAGCCGUAUCAAAGAUAUGUCCCUUGGAAUGUGCUACUGAGAACUGA